AUGGCCGUGCUCAAUUCCGUGCUCGAGGCGAUUGUGACGGUUUUGUGUUUGCUAGAGACGCACCGCGCGCUCGUGCAUGCGCCGACACCGCGGCGCGCUCGUACAAGGGUUGCACACGACUGGGGGCGCUCGGACGUGAGGACCGAGCGCGGCGAAGUGCGGCGCGUCGGGUCGUUGCAGCGCCGCGCGCGCAUUGCCGAGGCGCUUUGUACGCUGGGUGUAUGGUCGGCAUACUUGUGCGUGCGGCCGCUCAUUACGGGCGUGCUGGCGUGGUUCAUUCCGUUUUGCUCGACGAUCCAGAUGGUAUGGCUCUUGUGGAUGCUUGCAAACCACCGGAGCGCGUCGUACCUGUUGUUUGCGCACGGCAUACGGCCGGUGCUGCGGCGGCACGAGGCGUGGGUGGAUAGCGCAACGCUAUGGGUGCAUGGUCUCUUGCUGUUCCUUGCCAGGGUCGCGGGGCUCGUCGUGCAAAAGAGCACGCCAGAGUGCGUCAAGCGGGGAUUGCAACGAGGCACCGAAUGGGGCGCCACGGUCUAUGCCUACGUGCAAGGAGCGUGGCAGAGACAAAGUGAACAGGGUCAGGCACCAAUAACACCCAAGCGUGCCAAGACGCAAUCAAAGGGCGCGCCAACACCAGGCCAAGGCAAGACGCCCAAGGUGCCUGGCUUGCCGAGUGCACGGCGUGUACGUGCGUCCGAGUCUGUCUCGCUCGACAGCCCCCGCCCCACGCCUCGCACCAAGCGCAGCCUCCGCCAAGCAUCGCCCACGCAAGAACACCGCCUCGGCGAGUCGCUUCGCGAUCGUGCACCGAGUCCCCCACGCAAGCGGCGCACACGCCGCGCCGACCCCGUCGAGCCUGUCGCGGAGCCUGAGCACGAGCCACCGCCCGCUGAUCACUCUGAGCCAAAAGACGCGCUGAAACGCCCGCAUGCUAGCGAGCCGCCGAGCGACACGCCUUUAUCUACCCAGCCAAAACGUGCGCGGCGCUCUACGCAGAGUGCGCGCCGUGUCGCUGCCUCGCCGAGCGACGCGCCCCGGCCGCUCGAGACACGUCGUCCCAGCACACGCGCCCAGACGUCGCGGCGCACGCUCUCGCAGACCUCGCUGCUCCCGCGCCCGAUGCGCCCGUCGACCGACGGCACCUCCGACCUUCCCGCGCCACGCCGCAGUACCCGCGUCGAGGCGGCGCACUCCGAUACCCCCGUUCCCCACACCUCGCGCCGUGCUCCGUAG